AUGGAGUUUGAUGAUGACAAGGAUAAUGAUAAUAGUGAUGAUGAUGAUAUCGAUGAUGAUGAUGAUGAUGAAGACGAAAAGGAUGACGAUGAUGACGAUCAGGGUUAUUCUAAUGAUAAUGAUGAUGAUGUCAAUUACGCUAAUAAUUAUGAUAAUGAUGAUGAUGAUGACAAUGGUCGUGGUGGUGGUGAUGCUGGUGAUGGUGAUUUUUAUGAUGACGAUAAUGAUGAUAUUGAUGCUAAUUAUGAUGAUGACGAUGACAAAGACGAUGACAAUGACGAUGAUGAUGUUGAUCAUGAUGAAGAUGUUUAA